CACCCCUCCCUGUCCCGCAGCAACUUCUCAACAUGCCGUGUGUUGACGAUUGGGUCAACGACCCUCUGGGCGCCGUGCAGGGUAUUUUUGUUCAGAAUGGUGCCAGUGGUGAGUGGGAGAAGAAAGUGAUUGAAUAUUUCAGAGAAAAGUUGAAAGAAACGACUGCAUCAAGUUGGGUGCCCUCCUUGAAUGAUGUUCCACUGCAUUACUUGAAGCCAAACAGCUUGGUCAAAUUCCGCUGUGUGAUACAGGAUAUGUUUGAUCCAGAAUUUUAUAUGGGAAUUUAUGAAACUGUGGAGACGUCUGCCAAAUCUAGAGUUCUACGCUUUGGAAAAUACAAAGAUGUUGCUGAGUGUGGACUCCAACAAGAGGUUGCCUUAAACUCUGCAAAAUGUGUCACACUGGAGAGACAGACGUUUUACUGCAUUCCAGUGCCUGGAGAGUCCGAAUGGGUCAAAGAAGCCUAUGCUAGUGCCAGUCAAGCACGUGGCAAUCCUUCUACAUCCUAUACUCCAAGUCGACACAAAAGGAGUUAUGAGGAGGAUGAAGACAUGGAAAUGCAGUCUCCCAAAUUAAAGGAGCAAUGUGCAGGUGCUGGCUACAGUGGAUCACAAGCAUGUGGCGAUGCUAAGCGCCUUGAAAAGGAAGCACCAGGUGCACGCCAGAAUUUGCCUAACUGCACUACAUCAAUUGAUCUCAACUUCCCAUUACCUGGGGAGAAAGGCCCUGCAUGUCUUGUGAAGAUCUAUGAGGACUGGGAUAAUUUCAAAGUAAAUGACAUGCUGGAGGUUUAUGGGAUUUUAUCAGUGGAUCCAGCACUUGGUGUAAUAAAUGAUGAGAGUACAAAGGAUGGUUCAUCAAUUCUGGAUCCAAUCGAAUGUAUGGACACUAUGGAGGAGCAGCGUGUUCACAGUCCUCCACCUUCACUGGUUCCAAGGCUUCAUGCUAUUGUGACUCACAAACUGCAGCAUGUCAAUCCUUUUCUUCCUGCCACCUUGAAAGAUAAAGAAAGCAAAGAUUCUAUCACAAACAUUAUGCCUGAUUUGUCAACAGUCAGAGCAGAGUUGCUUGGAUUCCUGACACAUGUGUUACUGGGAGACAGUCUAGCUGCUGAAUAUCUUCUACUGCACUUAAUAUCUACAGUAUACUCACGGCGUGAUAUUCUUCCACUGGGUAAAUUCACAGUAAAUCUCAGUGGCUGCCCAAGAAAUAAUUCGUACACAAAGUAUUUUCACAGGACCAUUCAACAGCUGGUUCCCUCAUCCUAUUGUCUACCCAUGACUCUUAACAACAUGAACACCCUCCAGUUCAUCCCGCAUAAAGACUACACUGCAAACCGCCUUGUUACUGGAGUACUGCAGCUGGCCAGUAACACUUCACUCAUGUUAGAUGAGACUUCAUUGGAACAAGGGCAGCUGGAUGCUACAGGUGUCCGAAAUGUGACAGCACUUGGUAAUUUGAUUACCUGGCAGAAGGUGGACUAUGACUUCAACUACCACCAGAUGGAAUUCCCUUGCAAUAUUAAUGUACUCAUCACUUCUGAAGGAAGGUCACUCUUACCGUCUGACUGCCAAGUCCAUCUACAGCCUCAGAUGAUGCCUACCAACAUUGAAGAGUACAUGACAAACUUACAAACAGCAGUAGUGCCUUCUAUGCUCAAGAAAUUUCGCAUAUAUCUGAGCUUACUGAAACUGAUGGACUAUAGUAUAUCAGAUGAUGUGACCAAGGCAGUGGAAGAAGAUUUUGUGGAGAUGAGGAAGAGUGAUCCUAGGAGCAUAACUGCAGAAGAUCUCCAUCAGUUGCUUGUUGUUGCAAGGUUGGUGUCACUGAGUGCUGGCCAUGUGACCUUAUCGCGAGAGAGAUGGCAGCGAGCAAAGCAGUUGGAGGGUCUACGCAAAAGCCGGCUGCAGCAGCAAACCCAUGUAAAUGGCAAUGAACCUUAAUGAUGGACAGUCUUUAAAAUUCAACAGAGUAUCAAACAUGUCAGUGGGCUUUAUUUAAAUUUGAAGAACUAACAUUCCUUCUCAGCCCACCUGCCAAGUGAGUCAUCAGGUUGAGGAAAAACAAGUUUUUCCCUCUUUAUACAUCAUUUGUAUCAAAUUUUCUUACAGAAAUUUCUUAAAUCUAAAUUUUACUUUAUUUCUAAUUUGUGUUGCUUGAACUGCAUUUUAGUUGAAUGCAUCCAUUUGUGAAAAUAUCUUCUACAUUCCUCUAACAUAAUUCUCAAAUACAAACCUAUUUUUGUAAUUUUGUAAACUACAUUUGCAUAACAUUGUACUUGUUUAAAAUUGCCUUUUUUAAAAAAAAAGUGAACUAUGAAGAUUUCAACAGCUCUUACAUUCUUGAUCUCUUUUUGAAAUGAUUAAUCUCAUUGUGCGACAGGGAUGAAGUUCUUGUAGUGUCUGAAUAUCCGGAUCUAAAUUUGUACAGAGACAUUGGAACAAACAGUCAGUUUGUUUAUAUCACAGAUUGAAGUAUGGAGAUGGCUAAUCAGACGGGCUAACUUCUAACAUUGAAGCAUUCCCUUAUUUAUCACGUUUGAUAUUAGCACUCAGACUUUACUGAGUAUUUAAAUUAUGUAGCAGCUACCUUCAAACCAUAACUGUAUUUUUGCAUCUAUUUCAAAUGUGCUUCUUAGUUCAGUGAGGUUAUCAACCAGCAGUUUAUACUAAUUGUAAGUCAAAUGUGCAAUUUGGCACACGUCUGAUGCAGUGGAAAGGAAUCCCUGAUGGGGCAGAUGGGCUGUGGAAAGAAUGGCUGUGAUGAGCUGAAAUAGUCCUUCCUUUGUCCAUACUUCGACCUUAUUCAAUUAUGUAGAAUAUGUGCAUCUGGUAACAAGUGAACAAUUAAAUUAGUAGUUUGUAGACUUGUGUAAGAAGCCAGGUUAUAUCAUUUGCUUCAAAUUAAGACUGUCAGAGCAAAAACUUGAGCAGCCUUAAAUAUUUUGAUAAUUUGAUUCACUUGGUAUUAUAACACUUACUUUUUCACUUUUAAUCUGAGUUGGUGGAUUAUGAGAAAAGGCAGUGCAUUAUCAGACAAGUAGAAUCAGUUAAAAACUAUUCCAUCGUAUAACUUUUCUCCACUUGCUUUGGUUUAUUGGUUUAUGUGCCAGAUCCAAAUUAAUUGUAUCUGAACAAAUCAUUCUUAAAGCACCUUAAACAUUGUAUUAUUUACUGGACUGGGUAGUUAAGCUUAACUUAAAAAAAAAACAUGCCAGUUGUCAGGAGUUCAAGUUAAGGAAGUUAUUGCAGGAUAAUAGAACCUAUCUUCUAUACCCAGUGGCAACAUGGACUACUCCCAGGAUUAAUACACAAUUUUCCUGUACUUUGCCUCAAUGCUGUAAUUUAUUACAAACACUGAACAGUUCCUAUUCACUAAUGUAAGACUUUAAAUUUAGAGCAAUUUUAAGUAUCUUGGUUACCUUGAACUAGGAACAGAAUUAAGACUGUCCAAACUUAAAUAGUAGUGGAACCUUACAGCUAGCAGUGAAGGAGAGUAAAUCAAGCACAGGUGGCUUCAUGCACAGAACCAGAGAGAUCAGGUCCAUCUUCUCAAAACUGUGUGCUUCUCGACUCCUAAACCUGUCAUGCAUUUCAUAUGUUUUGUUAGAGCAGAUGGUUAAGUGUCAAUAUCAAUUUGAAUAGGAACUUUUCUAGCUCCGAGUUCCAAUGUAAUUUUUUAAAAAUAUGCAUUCAGUUUUGUAUUUCCCUAUUGAAGAAUGUUGGAGGAACUAAAUUUAAGCAUCAAGUAUUAUGGUACAAUUGAAGGCAGUGCGCAGCCAUCUUUUUUGUCUCAACAAUAUCCUAAAACCACCUUUCUCCUGAAUCUGUGCAAUGUACUGAAGCAAAGCAUAUUAUAAUUGUGCCUUCCUGACCCUUUUUCAACAAGCAGCUGUUAUUGAAUAGGUGAAGCCAUGAUUUCCAGCAAGAAACUGUUGCUGCAUUUAAGGAUUAAUUGAAAACUAAGUCUUUAUCUAAGUGAGUGGCAUGGUACACAAAACAGAUUUAGUAAAUGGCCGAAGCCUUACAACAAGAGAAUUUGAGGUAAAGUUGAUAUACUUAUGAGGAUUUUCCCCAAAUAUGUUUAAAGAUUGAAUCAUUUGCAGUUUUCAGUAAAAGUUUCAGUUUUGUAAUGUCUUUGCACAAGAAACUCCUGAAUACUCUUGAGGUGCUUUCCUUGAUAAUUUUGCUCCCCAAGGUUUUCAUUUAACAAAAUAACAUGGUUGAAUAGAAUCAGUCUUCAUUAUCCUUUCAAAAGUACUGACUUUUGGAGUUCAGAUCAGUUGUUAAUAAUUUGAUUAAUUCCUAAGAGUUGGUACAGAAACAAAUUGCCUUUCGCAUUAUGAUUUGAGUUGCAUUCCAGAGUUCAAAAAAGACUUUGAGCUGACUUUGGUACGUGGUUAUUAAAGAGGAACAUAUUAUGCACUACCAGUGAAUUGUAACGUUCCUGGUGUUCUCACAUAAUUCUGCCACAUUGUUAAAAUUUUGGAUAGUUCCAGAUUUGUCUCAAAAACAAAUGUAACUAAAGGUUGGGAUAGAUCUUCAUUUUCAGAAAAGAAUUGAGGCAAGUGAUUUUUCCAUGUGAUCUUUGAGGAUUUCUGUACAAUGACCAUCAGGGAUAUUUACUGUAAACUACUGUUUAAAAAAUUAAA